AUGCAUCAAUUUUCCCGAUCUUUAAGCUCUAUAGCUUAUAAUAAUCCCGUUGAUAUUGAAAAUAUUCCUCCAGAAUCAAAAAAUUAUAUCAAAUCAAAUGUCAAUCAGAACAAUGCCAAUAAUGGCCCUACUACUAGAUCAUCAAAUGGCCACAGAGUCGCACUAAGUGAUGUAACUUCGCAGGUAAACAAUAAAGGUUUAAGCAAUACUUCAAGUUUAACGAAAAUUAGCUCAACAGGAGAUACAAAAGAUUCUCAUCUUCAAACUAUCAAAACGUCGUCUGAGGAUAGUGAAAAACAAGAAACAACUUCUCGAGUCAAAUCAAAUGGGAAACUUAUCGACCCAUUGCAAAUACCGUACGAUGUCCAUAUUCAAAAAAUUCUUGAUCUCGCCCAUUCCAAAUUUUAUAGGAAUUUGCCCGAUCCAUGUGAUGAAGAUACAUAUGAUGUAGUAAUGGUAGCUGAGUUAACUAAUGAUAUAUUUCCAUAUUUGAAUACUUUAGAAAAUAAAUUCAAACCAGAUUCCAAUUAUAUGGCGUACCAACCUGAAAUAGAAUGGGAACACAGAAGAACGAUAAUAGGUUGGUUAGUUCAAUUCCAUUCGAAAUGUCGUCUCCUGCCGGAAACUUUAUAUUUAACUAUUAAUAUAAUGGAUAGAUUUCUGUCAAAACAAACUAUAUCCAUUAGUAAAUUUCAACUAAUUGCAGCUGCAUCAUUAUUUAUUGCUGCCAAAUACGAAGAAAUAAAUUGGCCGUCGUUGAAAGAUAUUGUCUAUAUGUUAAAUAAUGCCUAUACGAAACAAGAAGUUUUGGCGGCUGAAAGAAUUAUAUUAGGCGAGUUAGGAUUUGAAAUUGGCUGGCCUGGCCCCAUGUCGUUUCUAAGAAGAAUUAGUAAAGCAGACAACUACGAAUAUGAAAUAAGGACCUUAUCCAAAUAUUUUUUGGAAUCGACAUUGAUGGAACCAACUCUAGUCUCAGCACUACCGAGUUGGUUAGCUGCAGGUGCGUAUUUAUUGAGCCAAAUUAUAUUAGGUUAUGAAGAUUGGUCUUUAGCCCAUAUUUAUUAUUCCGGAUACACACAGGAUCAAAUUCUUCCAUUGGCAAGACUAAUCCUUGAAAAUUGUAGGGAUCCAGGUACUCAUCAUAGAGAGAUUUGGGAGAAAUAUUCGAGUCGACAACAGCAUUGUUCUGCCCAAUUGGUUUCGAAGUGGAUAUCAGAGGCCGAAAGAAGAGUGGACGAAUGA